UUGGCGUGUAUGCCGUGUCAAACUCGCAAGUUCGUAUUUGUACUGUUCCAAAAGUAACAGAUCCUCUCGCGAACUGUAACUGUGAGAUAAAGUAGCUCGCGAGGUACUAUCAAUUUCGGCUUUGCUUUAUCUUCGUGUCAGGAUAAAAGCAAACGUUUCUUCUGCCGCGCGCGCGGUUGUUUGCCGGGACAAUAUAGCUGGCUUCUCUCUUGAAGCGUCCGUUCCAGAAUAGGUCAGGAAUCGUUCCGCUAGCAGUCAUUCAACGGAGAUACCAUGCGAGAAGUCAAAGUGGUAACAUUUGGUCUAUUGCUGUCUUUUUUGACGCUGAGUGAAGCCCAGUCAGACUGCAACUAUUUUCAAAACAUGGAACCUGGAGAAUCGUAUUAUAUAUAUAACCAAGAGUGUCCCGAUAAAGGGGAAAUGAGCAAUGCACGUGGAGAACAUAUAGCCCUUAUACCAUGAAAAUUAAUUGUACACUGGAAAUGUCCAUGAGUUUUGUACUGGCGACAAUCUUUCGAUCCAAUUUGCUGGGCAAAAAAUAGAUAGGUAUUGCGGUAAGGGUACUUUCGAAAACGAGGGAAUGAAUGUAACUAUCAAUUUCAAUUCGCAAUAUUAUACGGAAGGAGGUAAAUUUUUGUGUAAAUUGCGAAUAGGAAAACCGGCAGAUGUGGCUGGAAGACCCCGGCUCCAGCUAAAUUUGGCUGCAACGGAAACCAGUGUAAACGAAUUUCCAAUGAUGGCUGGUCUCGUUGAUAGCGUCGAAAGAAUCUUACAUUGCGGCGCGACCAUAAUAAGUACGGAACACGUAAUAACAGCCGCUCAUUGUGUAAAGGGCAGAGAUCUUGGAAAGCUUGGUGUAAUUAUCGGCGAACAUGAUACAAGUACAGCCGUUGAAACCAAUGCGACCAUGUUAUACCGCAUAAGCAAGUGCACGAUACAUCCUGAACAUGCUGACAACAAGCAGAACGACAUAGCUGUUUGUCAAAUUAUUAGCUCGAUAACAUAUAAUGAUCAAGUCGGUCCAGAUUGUUUGCCAUUCCAGAAUAGUCGCGACUCAUUUCACGGCUCUAUAGUGACGGCGUUGGGAUGGGGCCGAACGAGCCUUGGCUGUGCAAAGCUGACUAAACCGUACAAAGUGAAGUUGAACGUAAUCAAUCGUACGGAUUGCAAGCGAGCAUAUCCUGACAUAACAGACGGUAACAUGUGCACUUACACCCCGAGGAAAGACGCUUGUCAGAUAGAUAGUGGCGGGCCAGUGAUUUGGGAGAAUCCUAUCAUGCAUAAUAGUGUGCUAGUCGGCAUUAUAUCUUCCGGAGUUGGUUGCGCUACCGACAAACCAGCUGUCUAUAUGCGUAUUGGGCACUACAUUGAUUGGAUACUGAGCGUAACACCUGGUCGACAAGGAGAAAAAAGCCAAUAAGAGCCAACCAAGAUCUUGCUGUUACGAAAUCUUCGGAAUCGCGAAAAUGAAACAAAAUCAAGAACAGACCACCUAAUCGACUUCUACAAACGGCGCCCAUGUUGAUAAUGUUUCUAAGAAUUCAUUUGGCGCUCCAUUUUUGAUUUUAUCUUCGAGAUCGAGUGGCUUUCGCGAGAGUGAGAUCUUGUGUUGGCUUUUGUUAAUCUUUUUCUUCUCGUUGAUUGUGAAAUCAAGAAGUCUCGAUCGUCUAAUUGAUCGUUUACUUGGAGUGCAAUAUUGCGAAGUGGAGUGAUCGUCUCACGCUUAUGCAGAGGCGAAACAGUGAGGGAUAAUAGCACGAUACUACAGGUGAUGGAGCUGCUACUACACGCUGAUGCUAUG